UUAAUGGGAAGUAAAUAAUUAUUUUACACUAUGUGGCAACUUCAGUUUUCGAUGACAGCCAAUAAUCUUUUGAUAAAGAAAAUCGGUAGUAGAUAUUAAGCAAACAGUAGUUUGAUCGGUCGAUCUUUAAAGGUAUUACAUUCACCCAGCCAAUCGUGAGAGGGGGAAUCCUCUGUUUGUAGUCCAAAAAUAGAAUGAGCGUAAACAACCCGGAAAGGGGUGUUCCUUCCGCUGUACACACGUGUUCUGUUUAGACUGCAUCUAAAGUGAAAAAUAUUCCCUAAAGUGUCCAAGGAAUUUUCUGUGGACUAUAAAUUGUUACCAUGAAUCCUAAGUCGGCAUUCUACUACAAGCAACUCGACUAUCUAAAGCUCUCAAAAUUAGAAAACAGCACAAAAUGGGCAUCUCUUUUCUUAUGUCAUUCAAAUUGGCAAUUUGUUGUGCAAUUCUUUUCUUGGCUGGUAAAGUUGAUCUCGCAGCAAUAUGUUCAGAACCAGCAAACCUUGCGGAGCAAUACGCUCAAUACAUGGCUAAAGAAACGGAAUCAAGUGUCAAGGAAUACCUAGACUCAUAUCCAACCAACAACACCCUUCCUGAUGAGGAGGAACAACUCAUAUACGGUGACAAAACCUGUCCCGCUAGUCUCCAAUCCAUCACAACUGACCCUAACAGUAAAGUUUUCGAGAGAACAACUUGUCCCUUUUUUCUCGUAGCUUCUCAUCUAUCCACUCGGUACCCAAAAAUUAUAACCGAGGCUCGCUGCAAGUGUCAAGCCUGUCUGGAAGAAAAAGGUCACAGCACCAUUACCGGAUGUGAACCCGUGUAUCGGCCAGUCAGAGUCCUUUUGAGGACCGGAAGCUGUGUUAAUGGGGUGUACCAAUAUUCAUCGGCCAUGUAUAUGAAGCAAGAAGGAUGUACAUGUGCCAAGAAGAGGGAAGCUCUCUCAGUCCCAGUGUCCAACACGAGUUCUAAUGAUGAUCCCAUUACUAUGUAACUUAAAGGAUAAUGUCUACCCCAGUCUUUCAAAGAAUUUAUCUGACGAUGAUACUCAAUACUCAAUGUUGUGUAAAUGUGUAUGCAUGUAAUAUCUAUAUUAUACAUUGUUAUUCAUUGCAUAUUUUGUUAGUUUCCGUCUCCAUCAUCAUACCAUACAUGUAGCAUAUGUCGCAUUUUUGAAGCAUAUUUAUUUAUUACGCGUUUUGCUAGUGAUUUUAUAGGAUUUUUUUUUAAAUUAUUGUAUUUUAUGAAGUAUUUUGCAUUGUCGUAUUAUUUUACAAAGGUUGUUCAAUAAAGAAUUUUUACAAUUUCAAA